AGAAGGAGACGAUGAGUCCAUGGGAGCAGCAUGCGGCAGUUAUCAACCUUCCUCGUUUCGACUACAACGCUCCCUCUUCUCUUCUUCGUAACUCUCACUCUGGAUUUCUCAUCACUUGCACUCUCAAGCGAGAGAAGAGCGCCACAAAAGAAGCAAUCGUCAUCCUUCGUAAGUUCGUUGAGCCGGGUCAUUUUGACUCUUCAAACAACCUUAAUGAGAAUAGUAUUUCCAAGAGACGGAAUUUGAUUGAUGAUGCUGGUGAGGAAUGUUUGGAUAGCAAGGAAACUGAGUCUGCUACUGCUGACUCUGGAGAUGGUAUUCAGUUUAUCUACUCCCUUUCUGCUACCUCACACUCAGUCUCCUCCAUUUAUGUUCAUGUUUAUGUUUACUCUGAUCAAUCACAAACCCUUCUGCACAAAUUCUGAGUUUCUUCUCAAAUUCGAAUAAUUACUUGGCUUGAAAGAGAUCACAAAAAACAAAAUUGCUCACAAUUGAAUGUAUGCACUCCAAAGAUUACAGCCUCUUUUUAAAUCCCUAGUUCAGAACGACACCCUAA